AUGGAUAACGUCGAAUUGUUGUUCUUCGAUACAUUUUCCCACGACAUUUCAGAGGAAUUGAACUUGGAUUUAGUGCAAUUUCCCAAACCUGUUUACAUUAGUGAAGUAAGAAUCAUUCCAUUAGGUGCCAGAGUACAGGCAGACUUUCCAGGAGGAGUACGACUUGGAGCAACUAAUCCCUCACAAUUUGAGAUCGAAUUUUUCGUAAAUGAUCUCAGCAAACCUGGAGCUUCGACCUUCGAAUUUUUAGGUGGUUUAGAAUACAAACAGAAUAUCCAUAUUCAAUUAGAAUGCGAACGAAAACAGAUACCAACAGAUGGGUUGGUACUGAGAGGGUGGUAUACCACUAUUACACUUGCAGUGUACGGUACUCUAACCAAAUCACUGAACAAUCCUCAGGAAGUCAUUAGUUCGGCAGCAGGUUCUACUGCUUGCGUCAGUUCUAUAGAAGAAAAUUCUGAAAACGCUGUACAAAUUUCUUCCGAACAGCAACCUGAAUGGUAUUAUGAGAAUCAACAUCAAACGAAUUUAUCGCAGGAAACAUGCGUGACGGCAACUCCAUCACCACAACCGAUUCAAGUAGUGGAGCCGUCCAGGACGUCCACAUUGGACACGGGAAAAACAGAAUCCAGACAAUGGGAAGAAGAGACAUCCAACGCAGGCGAAAAAUCAUCAAAGCGACCUUUGUCUCCACCUACCGAGUCCUUGAUCUCUCUAAGUCCCGAGUCCAUCUCCGCUGAAGAAGAAGAAGCAGAGCAACAGGAAGCUGGCGAACCGGAAACUGGCGAGCCCUUCGAACCGAUAUUGUCGGAUGAAGAUAUAAUGACUGAUGAUGUUCCAUCUACUGUCGAGUUUGAGUGUGAAGCAUCACAAAUCGAUGAAAUCUAUGCAAUGAUGCCACCUGAUUUAUUAAGUCUGGAGAAAUUGGGAGACUUGGAGGACACUCACAUGAAUCAUGAGACUUUAUUGAAGAUCAGAGAGAUUCUACAAUCCCUCUCCAAGUCGGUCUCUCAUUUCCAUAAUGCAUCCGGUCAAGAAAAAGAAACGUUCGUUCACAAUUGCGAGACUUUAUGUGCCAUACUGAGUCCGUUUGACUCCGACGUAAAUGAUAUCAAUGAUUUGACUAAUAUUGUCAAUGCUGGUUUGGAUAUGGAUCUCGCUAGGGCCCAACCACAGCCAGCAUACAAAGUACGUCACGUAAAAGUGGGAGUUCGCUUAGCGGAGGCUCUCUGUCGAUUAUCGAAAGGUCCAGAAAUUUUGUUGAAGGUUCAAGCCCCGUACAAAUUGCUGUCUCUUUGUAUGCGCGAAAACGUGGCGUUACCAGUGAAACUUUCCGCCCUAAGAGCCCUCGAUGCCGCAUUGAUCAGCCCGAUAAUCGUACAGGAAUUUCUAAGGAACAAUUUAUACAGAAAUGCACUAACAAUGCUGGACACAGCUAAGCUGGCCAGGCUUAAAUACGCCCUGAGUUCGCUCUUCCGUAAAGUCCACGUAUACGAAUAUCUAGAAGAGAUCAAGAAUUUCGAUGAAUUUGGCUUAGCAGAGCUGAUGAACACUUACGUGUACGCUCCAACGUUGAUGGCACAGCCUAAACGCCAAUUACCAGUUGGUGCUCAGAUGGAAUUCGAACGAGAGUAUACUCGCAACCCUCGCGCUCAUCUAGUGGCUUAUUUCGAAUAUCAUAAACUGGCUCAUCAUCUUCUACUGGCGUUGUCUUCUCCUAAUUGCAAUUUGCAAAUGAUUAAAUUAAUCCGCCGCUUCCUCUUGCAUCUCUCCAACACCAUGGAAGGCCUCUUCUACUUAUUGAAGGAGGUCAAAGUAAUUCAAUUGAUAUUAAAAGCUCUAAAAUACGAGCUUCCAGGUGCUGGGCGUAUUCUGGCGUGGCGUCUUCAGGUUGCACAGUGUUUGAUUCGCUUAAAACAGACUUCCGACUGGACGAUCUUAAAGAGACUGCACUCCUUCCUCAUUUUUCCAGACGGUUUGCGUGCUAUUCUCACGGUUCUGCCCCUGGGCGACUUCAUAGAUAUUCUGAUUCCUUUCUUGUCAGACUCUAAUCUCUGUGAAUUCGCUGCCGAGGUGAUCUCUACGGUUGUCCGUUACUCCGACAGGGUAGAGAUCUUUCAGAACCGUGCAGAAUUAAUACUGGACAAAACUCGCGAACAUGUCAUUCUCAGGGAUGUGAUAUCAUAUCUGACAGUCGCAGCUCAAGCUUCUCAUUGGGAUUACUGCGACGUCUCCCUAUUGGUGACGAUUAUCAGGAAAAGUGCCGAGAAGGCUGCGUCGCUUCCAGGCCAGCUAAUUACUGCCUGUAGAAUCCUGCAUUAUCUUAUCUUUCCAUCAAAUAAUGACGUCGACCCUUUGGAGCCGUAUAUUGAACUCAAAUACAGGAAUGCUCUAACUCAAUUAUUCGCCGCUGACGGUCUCACCGCUCUAGUUGCCGUAAUGACAAACGUGUCUGAAUUCUAUGAACAACCGCUUCUUCAUCGUGCUGCUCUAACUGGUCGCAGAGGCAUGGCGUUAAUCGCCUUAUUGCUUCCUUGCGUAAAGCUGACAAGAGCGUUGCUCGAGAGACUUGUCAAGUGCAUGGCGACAGACUUCAAGGAUCUCACGGCCGUCGUUCCACUGCUCGGAGUCUAUUCCUUAAUCGAAGCCAUUCCAUCUAACCUAAUGGUACAAACUUUGUCCGAAGAAAUCGUAGGAACGCUCCUGGUCUUUACCCAAGCCGUUGAUUCCGACGGUUCUGGCAACGUGGCGAAAUCAUUAUGGACUCAGAUGCUGGGCGAAGUUCUAAAAAUGAUCUCCUUCCGUCCUUGCAAUUUCGUGCCAGGUCUAAAGUUACUAACUCGUUUGCUACCAUCUGUUCUAACACCUAAAGAAACCUCCAAUGAAGACGCAACGAGAAUUCUGGGCCUAAGAAAGCUCUGGUCAGCACAUCUUCAAGCUCAGGCUACGAAUCUCACUGAAACUCUUCGGUUACUCUGCACGAGUUGGAAUGGAGACGUUUUACUUCUUUUAUCUACAGUUUGCAAGCAAUUAAGCGACUUGGCAGCACCGACAGCUCUUUUGGUUGGGAGGUGUCUUUUAGAUGGUAUUCUAGCAGCCACUCCUUUGGAGAACAACGUUCCUAUUCUCGCUCUAAUCAGUGACCUGGCCAGGCAUGCACCUAUGAAGGCUACUUUGCUAACAUUGACCAGUCCGGCGUCCAGAGCGCAAGUAAAAUCCGAUCAAAAAUAUCCGCCGGUUAUCGAGAUGAUGUGCUCCACUUUGAAAAGUAGCAGCGAUGUCAACGUACAAUACGAGAUCCUCAGUAUCUUUGAAACUCUAUGCAACUGCAAUCUCAGUCUAGUACAAGAGGACAAUGAACCUUUGGAAAAGAAACUGACGCACUCGGUACCCAGUAAGGAGCCUCUUUUAUCUAUACUCGCAGCUUUAAUCGAUAUCUUGGCGAUCAGCAUAAAGUUUCAAUUAGAUGUGAUAGAAAAUACGUUACACAUUCUCUUGUCUCUCAGCAAUCACAAUUACGGUCUAUAUCAUGUAAAGAGCUGCCUGGAAAACAAUCCCGUCGCUUUGCGCGCGCUACUGGAUCACGUAUCGAGCUUGGAGAACUCCGAAACAAAUUCCACUGUAGAUUUAACCGUAACGUUUUUGGAAAAUCUAAUUGCCUCCGACUCGGAAGCGAGGACCUUGCAUUUGCGCGCGCAGCAAUUGGCAUUCUUGAUUUCUUGGGAGAAGUCCGAUCAUCCCUUAGAGAAACUGAAGCGCGCAGACGAGUUGAAAGAAAUUUUGAGAGCCGCCGAAGAGAAAGAAGAGAAAGAACCUAUCCCAGAGAUGCUGGAGCCUCUGUUGCCCACUCCGGAAGCAUUAUUGAAUCAGUUCUCACAAAGAUGUCUUUGUACGACUAAUAGUCCAGCCCGGCCCAAAAAGUUUUCUUUCACGACCAAUCAAACCGAAGAUACAGUAGACUUGUUGGCACUCGCCACUGAAUUACUGCCCGCUGACUUCAAUCUACUAGUAGAGGCGCAAAACUUAUGUUCUAAAAUACCUCCUGAUGACACCACUCAACCUCUACAACCAAAACCCCAGGAUGAAGAACAGGAAAGUAGUAGAGCGGAAAAACAAAUUUCUCCAAUGGCCAAGUCGAAACAACCAUUUGUAACCCCAGUGCGAGGUCGGACACAAUUCACCAAUUCUCUACGAGGUGGUCCAGUAGGUGGAGGAGUAGGUAGAGGAUCCGAUCCCUUCCGAUCGAGGCCGCCCAACACCUCCAGACCACCGUCUCUUCACGUGGACGAGUUUGUGGCGUUGGAAACUUGCGGAGCUCAGCCAACCGGUCCUACCGGAUACAAUAAACUCAACAUCCGUGGAACAUGCCCAUCGCGUGCUAUCAGCAAUAGUACCAGGAGUCGACCUUGGACACAAGAAAUUCGUCCCACGUACCUUCGUUAAUUAGUUACUGUCUAUUCUCUUUCAUUUCGUAUAUAUAUAUAUAUAUAUAUGUAUAUUUACA